AUGGAAUACACCGAAGAGAACGCGCGGAGAUCUCAAUUGAAGCAGCCCAGUCGAAUCCCACACAUCGGUCUCGCUGAGAUCUCCGAGUCGCAAGGCAAUGCGCGAGCAGUAUCGUCCAAGUUGGCUCAGCCCACACUGAAGCACAGACUGGGGGGAGUCUACGAGCCUGAGCCGAAGCGAAAAACUCUGGCAGAGAAGGCAGGAGAGUUCCCCAAGCCGUCGGUCGCAGCUCCAACUGUGAGACCUCUGGUAAAGACAACAAGCUUAGCUGGCGCGGGAUCCAUAUCUACGGCAUCUGCAGAGAAAUGGUCAACGAAGAUACACUUGCCCUUGAUUACAGCACGGCGCCGUGGACGCAGAGCUUAUGUUCAAUUCAUCGAGCGGCUUCAUUGGCGGCUUCCCAGGCGACUUAGAUUAUCCCACGACAUCGAGCACGAAUUGAACACUGUGACUGUCAUGCAAGAAUUUCCAAGCUUCUCGAGUAGUGUUGGCCCUAAUGGUCGGCCGAAAUCAUCCUACGCCGGUGGCCGAUCAAAUUUCAGUCAGUCUACACGAGCUGCAACCGUCCUCCCUCGGUCUACAACAUCCAUGGAUGUCCACUCUUCCGAGGACGAUACCUCUUCUCACGAAAGCCGCCAGGGUACGAAGAUUUUAACCACUAUACCUUCUUUCGUUCAGUCUCCCCAAGUACAUGCAAGCCUCCUGAUGAGGAAGCUAAGACAGCCACAACCCACGCAAGCAUUGAGACAUGCCGAGUCUUCUGCAAAUAUCCGGGACGUCUCUGUCAGCACGGCCUUGAGUAGGCUAUGUAUCGACGGUGAAGUCAAGUCCAAGGAUAUGUCUGAGUAUCAAGCGAACUCUACCAGAAUGAGGCCUCCAAAGCGGCUAGGUCUUGGCCACAAGUCUUCGAUACGGGGGUUGAGAAUCGACAGUACCGAGAAUGCCCUGAUGCUUUUCCAGCCUCUGGAAGAGAGCUCAGAGGCUCCGGUGUCGCCUUCUCAUAUCCCUAAACUCUCAAGAUCAGACCCAUUCAUGGACCCUGUUACUCCUCGCAGAACCCCCAAACCUUCUCCCCAAAAGACUCCAUUUUUGACAAAAGAUUCUAAUGUGCCUGGCUUUACAGCGUGGGAUGUAGAUGAUCGCGUUGCCCGCAUGGAGGGAAUGGUCUCCGGAAUAUUCUCCGAGAUUGAGCAAAGGGUCUCAAAAACGACAUUGGAAAAGAACGCUUUCGAAGAGGCUGUAACACUUUUCAAGGCAAGAAAACUGUCGUCCUCCAACGCCUCUCUCCAAGGCGACCUCAAUGAAAUGAGAUCGAAGGUGGACUCGCUCCACCAGGAUCUACUUGCUGCCAACGCCAGUCUUAGCGAGCAGCUGAGAGCCCAUCGCAUUGAGCUGGAUGACGCGAACCGGGAGAGUCGAAUCACGCUGGACCAGAUGAAACGGGAAAAGACGGACGAGAUCGAUAGCUUACUGCGGGCGCACAGAGACCAAAUGCGCGAAAUGGAGCACCGAGCUACUGUGGAAGUCGAUGAUAAAAUCCGGGAGAUGGAGCGGCGAAACAAUUCCACUCUCGAAGAGGAGAGGAGUCGGAGGCUCCGUGAAGUGCAGGACUUGGAAUCAAGAAUCACAUCCGAAAGUCUCAAUCUGGAACUGGAGCUGAAAAAGAAGGAUCGGGAGAUUCAAAAUAUGAGAGGCGAGCUUGAGGAUGUUAAAGCAGAGUUGGACCGGGAGCAAGCCCUGAAGGACAGCGCUCACGGUGAGGUCGCGAUAAUGAAGGAGACGCUCCUGAAGACCGGCAUCGAAUCGGCGUCGGCAAUCCAUACUCUAGAGAGUACCGUGGCAAGUCUCCGGGCCCGGAUACACUUCCUCGAAUCUGGGUCCAAGGCACAGUCCGACAGCUUCGUUGAGAUGGAGAGAAGACUCCAGGAGGCCUUGGACUCGGCCGAGGAAUCGAAGAAGAAGCUAAUCAAGGAAGAGACUCUACGUCGCAUUCUUUUCAAUCAAGUGCAGGAGCUGAAGGGAAACAUCCGAGUCAUGUGCCGAGUCCGACCAGUAUCCAGCAACGGGGCCGACGAAGGAUCAGCAGCCAAGAUUACUUACCCCGAUGUUGAAAAGGAAUCAAAGGAGCUUGAGAUAAUUGGGAAAGAGGAGAGGAGCAGUCUAGGAACCAUUACGAGGAAAAACCAUUCGUUUACAUUCGACCGAGUGUUUGGACCAGAAAGUCAGAACCAGGAGGUCUUCGAAGAGAUUUCACAGCUUGUCCAAAGUGCUUUGGAUGGGUAUAACGUCUGCAUAUUCUGCUAUGGCCAAACGGGAUCUGGGAAGACCCACACAAUGUCGUCGGCUGAUGGUAUGAUUCCUCGAGCUACCCAUCAAAUAUACGAAACGGCGACAAAUCUCAAGGGGAAGGGAUGGACGUACACCAUGGAGGGCAGUUUCGUAGAAGUCUACAACGAGGAAAUUCAUGAUCUUUUGGGGAGCUCGAAGGACUUCGACAAGAAAAAGCACGAGAUUCGGCACGACGACCAGAAAAAGCAGACCACCAUCACGGGUCUGAAGAUUGUACCUCUGGAUUCUCCGAACGCUGUCGAAGCACUGCUCAAGCAGGCCGACAACAACAGAAGUGUUGCUGCCACUAAAUCUAACGAGAGAUCAUCACGUUCUCAUUCUGUCUUCAUCCUCAAGCUCGUCGGGCGGAACAGUACGACCAAUGAGACGUCCGAAGGUACACUCAAUCUUGUCGAUCUGGCCGGCUCGGAGAGACUCAAGCAAUCAGGGGCAGAGGGCGACAGGAUGAAGGAGACGCAGAACAUCAACAAAAGUUUGAGCUGUCUUGGGGAUGUCAUUGGAGCUUUGGGUCAAGGCAAGGAGGGUGCUCAUAUUCCGUAUAGGAACUCCAAGUUGACAUACCUGCUUCAAUAUUCCUUGGGAGGUAAUUCAAAGACACUCAUGUUUGUGAUGGCUAGUCCGCUGGAAGCUCAUCUGAGCGAGACACUUACGAGUCUGAAGUUUGCUACCAAGGUACAUAAUACCCAUAUCGGUACAGCGAAAAAGUCGACGAAGGUCCGAGAACGCAGCAGCGAUUGA